UGCUAUUGACGUCAACGGGCAAACACGCUGAAUAGGUUUUAGAAUACAGUCAGAACACUGCAGAGGAGUGUACACAGCAGACAGACACGCGUCUCCUACCUAUAGCACCGGCAGAGCCAGGAGAAUCGAGGUAGAGACGGAUGAUCGGGUUUAUCUGAUAGAGAACACGGUACUGGCAAGGGGAAAGAACAACACUCAGAACCCGGAACAAAAGCUCUGCUGAUAUUUUAGUUUAGAAAAAUAAUACAUGCAUUUCUGUCUGGGAGCUAAGCAUGGCUAUAUAAAAAUUGACAAUCCAGAGAAGACCUCCCUUUGGAAAAUACAUUUAAAAAAUAAACAACGCCAAGAUGGCAGCCUCCAAGAGUGGUUAUGAAGGGAAGAUAGCUGGCCUGUAUGACCUCGACCGGACGUUGGGUAAAGGUCACUUUGCCGUGGUCAAGCUGGCCCGCCAUGUCUUUACAGGUCAGCUGGUGGCAGUCAAGGUCAUCGAUAAAACCAAACUGGACAGCAUGGCGGCUGGGCACCUACUCCAAGAGGUGCGCUGUAUGAAGCUGGUGCAGCACCCCAAUGUGGUUCGUCUGUAUGAAGUUAUUGACACGCAGACCAAGCUCUACCUGAUUCUGGAGCUGGGCGAUGGUGGUGACAUGUACGAUUACAUCAUGCGUCACGAGGGGGGAGUCUCUGAAGACUUGGCCAAGGUGCACUUUGCUCAGAUCGUGUGCGCCAUCUCCUACUGUCACCGGCUCCACGUGGUUCACCGGGACCUCAAGCCCGAGAACGUGGUCUUCUUUCGGCAGCAGGGGACGGUCAAGCUGACUGACUUCGGCUUCAGUAACCGUUUCCAGCCUGGCACCAUGUUGAUGACCAGCUGCGGCUCUCUGGCCUACUCUGCACCGGAGAUCCUGCUGGGAGAGGAGUACGACGCACCCGCUGUGGAUGUCUGGAGCCUGGGGGUGAUUCUCUACAUGCUGGUGUGUGGACAGCCACCUUUCCAGGAGGCCAAUGACAGCGAGACUCUGAUCAUGAUCAUGGAUUGCCGAUACACGGUUCCUGCGCGCAUCUCCCCAGAGUGCAAAGAUUUGAUCUCGCGCAUGCUUCAACGGGACCCCCUGAAGCGAGCGUCGCUGGAGGAGAUCGAGAGUCACCCGUGGCUCAAUGGGGUGGACCCUUUGCCCACCAGCCGCACCACCGUCCCUCUCACCUCCUACAAGAGCAUCUCCGAGGAGGAGCACGAGCUCAUCAUCCAGGCCAUGACCUGCGGCCACAUCGCUGACCGGGACACCAUCCAGGAAGCUCUGGAGGCUGAUCGGUAUAACCACAUAACUGCCACAUACUUUCUUCUGGCUGAGAGGAUCCUCCGGGAAAAGCAGGAUCGACCAGGGCAGACCCCGAGUGCAGAGUGUAACUGGGCAGAACCUGGUCAAAACAGACGACCUCUCUCUGAACCCCUGGAUUUGGGAAGACCCCGAGAGCUGACUGGUGGAGUGUCGAUGUUGUCGUCUCCGGAGAUCCCGUACUCGGCUGUUGGGCCCUACAAGGACUUCACUGAGAAAACUGAAACUGACAGCAGGAAGUCCUUGACAAUCCCCAUCAACAGGGAAGAGGACAACCCUCUCAGUGGUCAUGGAGUCAGGCAGCAAAUGGGACUGUUCUUAAGGUCAAGCGGGUCAGGGGAGCUGCCUUCUGGGAAAAACAUUUGUGCCCUGCAGCAGAUCUGUGAGGAGGAGGAAGAGGAAGAGGAGGAAGCAACAUCGAUUGCAUUGCCAGAUUUGAACUGCAAGGACCGUAAUCAGAAUUUGGGUUGUGCUCCUCUGAAAAACCAGGAGCAAACAGAAGGAGCAAAACACUUUGAACUCUUAGGAUUCUGUCCUCGCUCUAAAGAAUGCAGCAAAAAUACGAGUUCUGUUGAAGGGCUAGGAGGUACUUUUGAGGAGCAAGAUGGUAUGGAAGGAAACCAGGGUCUAGAAGGCAAGGAAGUUCUUGAAGGUCAUGAAGGCCUGGAAGAACUGGAGCAAGACAGACAUUUUAUAAAAAGCAGAAGUGUUCAAAGUGUUUUGGAUGUAGAAAGCAGCCAAGUACUAAGACACCAUAACAUUGUUGAAGGCAAAGAAGGUUUAGAAUUUCAGGAACUUAAAGGUUGCACAGGUCUGGAAGUUAAUGGGGAUCUAGGAAGCAAGCCAUGCCUUCAUGUUUAUACAUGUCUAGAGGGGCAGACAGUUAUUGAAGGAAACAAGCAUAUGGAAGAUAAAAGCCUGGAAAAGCAGAAUGUUCAGGAAGAACAUUUUCCAGAAAUUCCUUUUAAACUAGAUGACCAUGAAAGUACUGGGGAGCAACUAGAAGGCAAGAAUGGUUUAGAAACACAAAGCAUGUCAGCAGAAUGCCAGAAAGUUUUAGAAGACUCUGUUAGACAAUGUCAGGAAGUUGAAAAAGAUCAAGGUUUUUGGAAAAUGCAGGGAGAACGAAAUUUAGAGAGCCAAGAUGUUUUAGACAAUCACGAAGUUCCAAAGGGACACUAUAUCGUUAAUGAGGAAGAACCUUUAAAAUAUACUACAGUUCAGAGUCGGAGCUCACAGAAUCCAGAGAACCAAAACUAUCCAAGUAUGGAACACAACAGUCUUGACAACAACAGCAGCAGCGAUUCGCAGACAGUUGUCGAAGUACAGAACGAGAAAACCCUAUCUAAUUGCAUUAGGAGUAGGACGCAGUGCUGCCAAGGAAAGGCCAAGGCAAGCCCAGAGAGUGGAGAGGAACCUAUGAAGGAGCACAACAACAACACACCCAAGGUGGAGCAGAAAACCACAGCACCAUCUGGAUCACUGAAGACCUUCGUCAAGAACCAUUGUGUCGACACAGGUUCGGCUGCCCUUGAACUCCAAGUAAGUUCACUUAACAAAGACAACAUCUCUAUUCGGCACCUGGACAGGGAAGAUGGUGAGGGUUCUUUAUUCGAGAGCCCCAGGAGGGUCGCUGGAGGUAAAGAGUCCACUUUUUCCAGCCAGGGGGGCCUCGCAACCAGCUACGAAAUGGGUCCAGAGCCAAUGAUCAGGAUAGAUCCGGCCAAAAACAAGAAUGUGAAUCUGAGGGACCGGCUUCUACAGUUCCCUUUGUGUGAGAAAGCCCUUUCAUUUAAAAUCAAGCCCAGUUCGAAGGAAAGUCUGAUGCCAUUUGGACAGUUUAAUUGCUGCCAUGUACUCUAGACAGAGUCAGAGUGAUUCUGUAACUGGCAGCUUGAGAUGGCCAAGGAUUGAGCAAGAUCUCCAGAUUUUAUUUUAUUACAUACUAUAGACUGAAUAAAUGGGAGUUAAAAUUAUAUUUUAUUUUAUUUUAUUGUAUACCAGAGGCUGAAGUAACUUCUGUCAAUCAUUUUCCCAGCCUGACUAGGAUGUACUGAUCUUAAUACAGAAACUGGACUGAUUUAUGCAGCUGUUUCUGAUUUAUUUUAUUUUAAUCCAUACUGGAAAUUAGUUUUCAAAUCAGGAUAACUACUUGUGAAUGCAACUAUUUCAAUCAGUAGGGCUCAUUUUAUUUACAUGAAACCCUGCUUUAGCUUUUCUAACAUCAGCUGGCUGAAUGAUAUGUAUUGAUGUAAAACUAACCAGGGAGUUUAACACUGCAUGCUAGGAAUGCUUGACUGAUCUGCCUUGCUCGUGGGAAUUCUUCAUCAGAGCCCUAGUCCUGCCUGAAAUUAGUUUCCAGGUCUGACUUUAAGGGAUCGUUUCUUCAGGCACAAGGAAGAAGAGCAGAAGCUGAGAUUCCCCACACCAGUGUUCUGGAAGCAGGCAGCACUGAUGGCCAGUAGUGACUCCUUUAAGCGAGUUUCAGUGCAGUUGAGCACAGAAGGGGAGAAACUGGGGCUAAAAACAGCCAUAAACCACUAAUAGCUUGUUUCCAUUUUGGCACUGAUUCUGAUAGAUGCAUGAUCUAAUAAAGAUCUUGACAGCCGUUUUGAAGGUUGAUUUGAGAUAUGUAACCAAAUUUCAAAUUUGAUUGUUAUAUAAUCUGUGCUUCUUGAGGGUGGCAGCAAGCAUCCUUUUAAAGACAAUGACUAUUUUUUUUUAAAACCAGAAUAAACCAGUUAAUCCCAGCCACAGUGGUUUUAACCAUUAGUUUAUAUA